CGAAAGCUUUCUCUUAUCUGGAAAUGGGAUCUUAACAUUAUUUUUCAGUUUACAAAUAUUUUUCGUAAAACGUCACAGAGUAUUGUAAUCACUGUAGUAUAUUUUAUUUUAUAGCAAAUUGCUCCAAAUUUUAAAGUUAUCUUUUGUAACCUCUAAUGUCGUACUCCGCGAAAACGGUGCUCAAGGAGGGCUCCACGGAGCUGGAGCACAUCUGCGAGCUGGACAUCUCGCAGCAGGCCACCCACCAACGUCUGGUGUCCUUGAUCGCCACCAUAUCCCUUGGUUCUCGCAACGCGGACAUCAUAUACAGCAUGAUCAUGAAGGGAGUGAACAUUUUCCGGCUGAACUUCUCUCACGAAUCGCACGAGAUGCACUCGAAGACUAUUGAGCUGAUUAAUGAGGCGCUGGAGCGGAUUCACAAGGAGACGGGUCAAAUACGAACGGUGGCCAUUGCGGCGGACACGCGAGGACCUCAGAUCCGAACUGGCCUUCUGGAUGGUGAUGUGUUCCUGCGUGCCGGCGACAAUCUAAGGCUCUCCAUCAAUCGGGAUCUGUACGACAAGGGCAACAAGGAGGCGGUCUAUGUGGACUAUCCCAAUAUAAUCAAUCUAACCAAGACGGGGGACCGUCUGUUCAUCGACGAUGGCAAGCUGCUGCUCCACAUUAUGGAGGUGGGCGUGGAUGGGCUGCUGUGCGAGGUCAUCCAAGGUGGCCAGCUGAAUAACAACUGCAAUGUGAUCCUGCCCGAGAUCGAAAUCGAUUUGCCUGCCGUCUCCGAGAAGGACAUGUUCGACCUGCAGUUCAGCAUGAAGGCCAAUGUGGACUUCCUCUUUGCCUCGGCGGUGCGAAGUGCCAAAAAUGUAAAGGAACUGCGAACGGUGCUCGGCGAGAAGGGCAAGCACAUCAAGAUCAUCGCCAAGAUGGACAGUAAGAUAGCACUGAGCCGCUUCUCGGAGAUCUUGAAGGCGGCCGAUGGACUUUUGCUAUCCCGAGCGGACCUGGGCACUCAGAUACCCAUCGAGAAGCUGUUCAUCACCCAGAAGAGCAUACUGGGGCAGUGCAAUAAGGCCGGCAAGCCGGUAAUAGUGGCCUCGCACAUCCUGGAGUCCAUGCGCUCAGUGCAACACCCGACGCGGGCCGAGUGCUUCGAUCUGGCCAAUGCCAUUAUAGAUGGAGCGGAUUGCAUAAUGCUGUCCUCGGAGGUGGCCAUCGGUGCCUAUCCGAAGGAGACGGUGGCCACCUGCGACACUCUGUGCCGCGAGGCUGAGAAGGUCCUGUGGUUCCGGGAUCUCUUCUCCGACCUGGUCAGCGAAGUUCGUGGCGAGUUGGAUGCGGCCCACUCUCUGGCCAUUGCCUCUGUGGAGACGGCCAAGAGGACCAAUGCCACGCUGAUUGUGGUCCUCACCACCUCGGGUCGAUCAGCCACCUUGGUUAGCAAAUUCCGGCCACGAUGUCCCAUUUUGGCCGUAACCCGGUGCGAACGGGCCGCCCGUUGGGUCUACAUGCAUCGUGGCGUUCUUCCGGUUCUCUACACCUCGGAACCUAGCUCCGAUUACGCCACCGAUGUGGACGCCCGGGUGCAGUUCGCCCUGACCUCGGCCAAGAAGUGGAACAUCAUCGACGACGGCGAUCCCAUUGUGAUCGUGAGUGCCUGGAAGGACGGUGGCGGGUUCACCAACAAUGUGCGCGUGGUCUACGCCUUUUUCGAGGCGGACCGUGUGGACUGCCUCUUCCGGUCGGAUAGGCGAAGAUCCCUCAAGAACACCAACCUUCAGAUGGCCAACCGUGAGCCGGAAAUAAAGAAAAGUUUCCAUGCGUGAUGUCGUUUACAACUGUGGUCCGCCGAAAGAGCUGGAGUUUUUCAAUAUAUUUUGUAAAUAAAAUAUUUAGAACAUUAACAUAAUCAAAAUAAAAUUAUCAUAGUUUGUUUAA